GAUCUAGUUGGCAGUUCAUCUGGUUGGGCCCACUAAAUCAAAUUACUAUCAUUUUUCCCUAAUAAUUUGAAAUUGAUUGUGGUGGUAAAUCCAUAAGUGAGCACCAUGAAUGCAAUAAUUCCUCCGUCAGUCUUUAGCAGCAAGACCAACUCGCUGUCGCAGAUUCCGGCGGUUGCCCUUGCUUCAGCUCCUCACCCAUGUUUGUCUCCGACUAAAACCAGAAAUUCGAGCGUCUUCGGGAUCCCCAAAACCCUAGUCGCUUCUCCCGAGUUCCUCUGCACAAUGAAAUUGAAAUCAGCCCCAGAUUCUUCUUCUGAUGUCAAUACAGGUUCUUCUUUCCUCGACGACCACGACGAGCCUGGGAUUUCGGGUUCAUCGCUGUCAACCGUGCCUUCUUCCAUGUUCUCCGGAGACGCUCUCAACGUCGAGAUCGUGAAGCUUGGCAACAACUCCCGGAGAAUUCGAUCCCGAAUUGCCAUCGAUGCCGACCUCAAAACUAUCUGGAACUUAUUGACGGAUUACGAGAGAUUGGUUGAUUUUAUUCCUGGUCUUGCCGUGAGCCAGUUACUCGAGAAGAGGGAAAAUUUUGCUAGGAUUUUCCAGAUUGGACAGCAGAACUUAGCGUUUGGGCUGAAAUUUAAUGCCAAAGGAGUUGUGGACUGCUAUGAAAAAGAUCUGGAGAAUCUUCGUUUUGGUCAAAGAAGAGAUAUUGAAUUCAAGAUGAUUGAGGGUGAUUUUAAAACUUUUCAAGGCAAAUGGUCUAUAGAACAGGAGUGACUACCAGCUAGAGUGGUAACCCUUGGAUCAUCAACACAAAGAUCAUUUCUCCUUCGAGACCAACCAAGAACUGUAUUUUCUGUCUGAAGCUCUUUAGACAAGAAGAUUUUAAUGGGUGAUAUUGAUGUCAAACAAUUCUCUGAUCAUUCUAUCUUUUCAGUGGCCACAUAGGGAAAAGGUGAUCGUUACACGUUAAAAGACUUUGAAACUCAAUUUCUGAUUAUAUUAUUUUCCUUGAGCUUAAUCAAGGACACUCUAGACCUAAGAAAAAUAAGAUACUCCAAGCACACAUUUAUCACAAGGACAGCCCAGCAAUUUUGUAACAAAAUAGUAAUUUUGGGGAUGGAAGAGUAACCAAAAACAAGGAGGAGUUUGAUGUGUUGUUGUUGAGAGUAACCCAAAAAAAAAAAAAAAAAAAAGAAAGCGAAAACAAAAGAAAUAGAAUAUAAAACAAAGGGGAAAAAAAGAGAGGGGUUGAUGAUGGGGGGGGGGGCACAUGAUCAUCGCACAUGAUCAUUGUGCAGGGGGUUUAUGACUGACUAUCUCACGUCUUGUUUAGCAAUUUGUAGUACUAGAUGAAGGCCCAACCACAUGUGACCUACCGAUACCAAACAACAUUGUCCCCCCCCCACCCUCCCCCCCAAAAAAAAAAAAAAAUCAGUUGUUUUCAUGGAAAUACAGGCAGAAUUACUUGCAUGUUGUUGUUUUUAAGAACUUUGGUACCCUGGAUAUACAAGCAU